AUGGUCAACCACCGCCUGGAAAAGCUGCCUGAGCAGCAACGGCAUCUGCGCGGGCCUCCAACUCCUAGCAUGUCGACGCCCGCCGCAGACUUUGACCAGCAACUCACUGGUUCGCCUCCACCGCCUCCCACGCCCGCUGCAUCCCCAGGCCCAUCGCAUUACCAGCCAGAUUGGAGUGACGCUGCCGACGAUGAAGAUUUCUUCCUCGCAAAGGUCCGACAACAUUUCAAGAGCUGUUCCGGUCCCCAGCGAACCCGGGUCCUGGCAGAUUUACUGAACCUUUGCACGAGCCAACAAUUGAGUUUUGUUCAUCAAUUUGUCAGCCCGUUACUGAAGAAGGAUCCCUUCACAAGUCUUCCGGAUGAAUUGUGUCUUCGGAUACUUUCUUUUAUCGACGACCCGAAAGUUUUGGCACGAGCCUCACAGGUGUCCAAACGAUGGCGAGAUCUCCUGAGCGACGACAUGACAUGGAAGAACCUCUGUGUCAAACAUGAUUACGGCCGCCGACUAUCUGAGGUGUACACUCACGCUCCCAAUUUCUCUUCAAGACCUUCUCUCCAGGCUCUUCAUGGGCUGGAAGGUGGCGAUAUGGCUAGCAACAGCUUUCCGGGAACACGCCCUUACUCCCAUGCCUCGGGUACCCGGUCCUUUGAUGGACAGAAUACGUCUGGUAGACCCAGGCUACGAACUUACAAGUCUCAUUUUAAACAGCGGUAUUUGGUAGAGGCUGCUUGGAGGUCUGGUGGCACAAGCACAACACGGAAUAUUACCCAAGAAGGUGGUGUUGUUACAAGCUUACAUUUGACGCCCAAGUAUAUCAUUGUGGCGCUUGAUAAUGCAAAGAUCCACGUAUUUGAUACAGAAGGAGAUUCGCAACGCACCCUGCAAGGCCAUGUUAUGGGUGUUUGGGCUAUGGUCCCGUGGGAUGAUACCUUGGUCAGUGGAGGUUGUGAUCGUGAUGUACGUGUCUGGAAUUUGAAGACUGGCGCAUGUUUACACACAUUGAGAGGCCACACCUCGACCGUUAGAUGCUUGAAAAUGGCGGACGCGAACACUGCGAUUUCAGGAUCGCGAGACACCACACUGCGGAUCUGGGAUAUCCGAACUGGCCUCUGCAAAAACGUCCUUGUCGGGCAUCAGUCUAGUGUUCGAUGUCUUGAGAUCAAGGGUGACAUUGUUGUAUCCGGUAGCUAUGAUACAUUUGCUCGAGUAUGGAGCAUUUCCGAAGGCCGCUGCCUUCAGACUUUGCAGGGCCAUUUUAGUCAGAUAUAUGCAAUUGCUUUUGAUGGCAAGCGGGUCGUAACGGGUAGCCUGGAUACAAACGUUAGAAUCUGGGACCCAACGUCCGGUGAAUGUUUGGCCAUUCUUCAAGGUCACACAUCUCUCGUUGGCCAGCUCCAGAUGCGCGGAGACACGUUAGUUACGGGUGGAUCAGAUGGAUCGGUCCGAGUUUGGUCGCUGGAGAAGAUGUGCCCAAUUCACCGUCUUGCAGCCCAUGAUAAUAGCGUCACCAGUCUGCAGUUUGAUGAUACUCGAGUUGUAAGUGGCGGUAGUGAUGGUCGUGUUAAGAUAUGGGAUCUCAAGACCGGGCACCUCGUUCGAGAGCUCAUCGCUCAAGGUGAAGCGGUCUGGCGAGUUGCGUUUGAGGAUGAAAAGUGCGUUGCUUUGGCCUUGAGGCAAGGCCGCACGGUCAUGGAGGUAUGGUCGUUCUCACCCCCAGAAGAUAUGCUUUAUGACCGUCCCCUGUCGCUUCAACAGCGGGUAUUGGAGGAUGACCCGAACCGCCCGUUGAGUGCCAUGGCUAUUGACUAUCGUUCUUCGCAACCAACACUGGCUGGUCCUAGCCGAGAUGCUUCAGCCCAGGAUGUUGACAUGCAUGACGCUGGUCCAUCAACAGCCCCUCUGCAAGGCGGUACAUUUUUCCACGACGAUUAA